AUGGUCUCCUCCAACCUCCCCUCGGCUCUCAACGCCACGAGCAAUGACAUUGAGCUGCUCCUGGCCUCGCAGGCUCACCUCGGCAGCAAGAACCUCCAGGUUCACAUGGAGCCUUACCUCUGGAAGACUCGUGCCGACGGUGUCAACGUGAUCAACAUCGGCAAGACCUGGGAGAAGAUUGUCCUGGCCGCCCGUAUCAUCGUCGCCAUCGACAACCCGGCCGACGUCUGUGUCAUCUCCGCCCGUCCCUACGGACAGCGUGCCGUCCUCAAGUUCGCCGCCCACACCGGCGCCUCCCCCAUCGCCGGUCGCUUCACCCCCGGUAGCUUCACCAACUACAUCACCCGCUCCUUCAAGGAGCCCCGCCUGAUUGUCGUGACCGACCCCCGCACCGACGCCCAGGCCAUCAAGGAGGCCAGCUACGUCAACAUCCCCGUCAUCGCCCUCUGCGACACCGACUCUCCCACCGAGUACGUCGACGUCGCCAUCCCCACCAACAACAAGGCCCGCAACUCCAUCGGUACCGUCUGGUGGCUCCUCGCCCGUGAGGUCCUCCGCCUCCGUGGUACCAUCUACAGCCGCGAGACCCCUUGGGACGUCAUGCCCGAUCUUUACUUCUACCGCGACCCUGAGGCCGAGGCCGAGGAGAAGGUCGAGGAGGAGAAGGCCGCCGAGGAGGAGGCCCCCGCCGUCGACUCUGGCUUCCAGCAAGCCGGUGACUGGGAGACGCCCGCCGCCGGCUUCACCGGUGCCGCUGCCCCCUCCAACUGGGACGCCGCUGCCGCCCCCGCCGCCACUGAGGACUGGGCCGCCUCCGGCACCACCGCCGAGUGGGGUGCCGCCGGCGCCGAGGCCCCCAAGGAGUCCCAGUGGUAG